AUGACUCAAGGAGAUGAGCACACAAAGUCAUCUGGGAGAAUAAGAUGUGCUGUACUAUUGUCGCCCAGGGCUGAAGCUGUGGACAGAAAUGAAGUUUUUAUUGGCAAAAGAAAAUCUGGAUUUAUUCAGAUUAGUCCUAGCAUGGAAGGGCCUUGGACGACUGUGAGGCUACACUAUGCUGCACCUGCUGCUUGUUGGCGGUUAGGAAAUGAUGUAAUUGCCAGUGAAGUUAGCGUAAAGGAUGGAAAUAUAUAUGUGAACAUGAGGUCUCUUGUUUCGGUGCAUAACAAUACAGAUUUUUUACUUGAGUUAUGUCUUGCGCUGAAAACUUUGAAGGAAAACAGGUCACUGAGUAUUGCAAGUAAACCUGAAGGUUUACAGAUUGAUGGUAGCAGAGUGCACACUGAUGAGUUUUUUGAAACUGAAAAGUACAACCCAUCUCUUGGUUGGGUUGGCUACUCAAAUUAUUCAGAAGGUGGAGACCACCAUCAAAAGCUUAAAAUCCUUUGUGCUCUUGUACCUCCUGAUUUUGUCAUAUUCAGCGAAGAAAUCUCUAGAGUUGGAUUGCCAUCAGGCUGGGAAUGGAUUGAGGAUUGGCAUUUGGAUACCUUGUCCAUCAAUGAUGCUGAUGGGUGGGUAUAUUCUCCAGAUGUUGAGAGCCUUAAGUGGCCCCACUCAUUUGAUCCUUCAGAAUUUGCAAACCAUGCAAGGCAAAGGAGAUGGAUCCGAAAGAGGAAACAAAUGUCAUGUGAUGUAAAGCAGGAGGUAUCCAUUGGAUUACUGAAGCCGGGAGAAUCUAUGCCUCUUCCUUUAUCAGCCUUGACACAAUCUGGACUGUAUGUCUUGCAAUUAAGGCCUUCAUAUGUUACUACUCAUGAAGAAUAUUCAUGGAGUUCUGUGGUGGAUGAUAAGCCUGGACCAUCAGAGGGUUUUGGCGAGCCAAAAGACUCUGGAAUAUGUUUAUCAGCGCUUGCAGAGUCUGAAAAACUAUUGUACUGCAGCCAGAUAAGUGGUACCUCUUCAAAGGGUUCCCAUAAAUUAUGGUUUUGCCUAAGCAUACAGGCCACAGAGAUCGCAAAAGACAUUCAUUCUGAUCCUAUCCAGGAUUGGUGUCUUGUGGUCAAACCUCCUUUAACUUUUAGCAAUUACCUUCCCCUGGCAGCUGAAUACUCUGUCCUCAAUAGGCAAGCAAGUGGUCAUUUUGUAGCAUGUGCUAGGGGAGUAUUUUCUCCUGGAGAAAUAGUGAAGGUUCACACUGCUGACAUCAGAAAACCUUUGUUCCUUUCACUACUUCCACAAAAAGGAUGGCUCCCAAUACAUGAAGCUGUUCUUAUAUCUCAUCCUCAUGGACUUCCAUCAAAAACAAUAACCUUAAGAAGUUCAAUUUCUGGAAGGAUUGUCCAACUCAUUCUUGAUCAAAAUUAUGACGAGGAACGGCCGCUGCUGGCAAAGAUCGUUAGAGUCUAUGCUCCUUGUUGGUUUUCAAUUGCCGGAUGUCCUCCACUUACAUUUAGGCUAGUAGAUCUAGUGGGGAGAAAACAUGCACCAAAAAUUGCUCUUCCGUUUAUGUUUAAAAGGAGAGAUGAAGAAAUUCUUGGGGAAAUAACUGAAGAGGAAGUAUAUGAAGGUCAUACAAUUGCUUCGGCAUUGAACUUUAAUUUACUGGGCUUAUCAGUGUCUAUCACUCGAUCUGACCAGGAGCAGCACUUUGGCCCUAUUAAAGAUCUUUCUCCCCUCGGUGAUAUGGAUGGCUCUCUGGAUCUCUAUGCUUACGAUGCUGAUGGAAACUGCAUGUUGCUUUUUGUUUCUACGAAACCAUGUCCUUACCAGUCUGUCCCUACUAAGGUAAUUUCUGUUCGGCCAUUCAUGACCUUUACAAAUAGACUUGGUCAAGACAUAUUUAUUAAGCUAAACAGUGAAGAUGAGCCAAAGGUUCUACGGGCAUCUGAUUCAAGAAUUGCCUUUGCAUACCGCAAAACAGCGGGAACUGAUAAACUCCAGGUUCGGCUACAAGAUACAGAAUGGUCGUUUCCUGUUCAAAUUUCAAAGGAGGACACUAUCUUUCUGGUUUUAAGGAGUCAAAAUCAUAAUUGGAGAUUUUUGAGGACGGAAAUACGAGCAUUGGAAGAAGGAUCACGUUUUAUAGUUGUAUUCCGCCUUGGAUCACCUGAUGGUCCCAUCAGGUAG